AUGGUGUCUGGGCUAACCGUUAACGCUUUAUAUUUAUGUGUUUUAAUAGGCUCUUUGUCAGUUCUCAUAACAUUUGGAAAUCUUCUGGUAAUCACUGCCAUCAUUUACUUCAAGCAGCUCCACACUCCUACUAACUGUCUCAUCCUCUCUCUGGCCAUGGCUGACCUGCUGGUUGGGCUUUUAGUUUUGCCUUUCAGCACCGUGCUGUCUGUAAGCUCAUGUUGGUAUCUUCAAGAUUUACUCUACAGAUAUUAUGUAGUGUGUCAGCCUCUGACAUAUAGAACGAAGAUGAAUGUCCAUGUAACUGCCAUCAUGAUCCUGGUCACCUGGACUGUUUCUGCGCUACUUGGAGUUGGCAUCACUAUUCGGGGACUGGGUCAAGUGCACUUCCAAAGGUGUCAUAUAUUUCAAAGCACAAAUUCAACCGUAAUGGGAGCUGUUUUUGCAUUUUACAUUCCAGCUCUAAUAAUUAUCACUGUCUACCUAAAGAUAUUGAUGGUGGCACAAAGACAGGCACGCAGCAUCCAGAAGACAACAAAGUCCAGAGCUACUGUGGCUAAGAUGGAAAGCAAGGCCACCAAGACUCUAGCUAUAGUGAUGGGAGUGUUUCUCAUGUGUUGGACUCCUUAUUUUCUCUGUAUCAUUUUUUACCCUUUGAGUACAAUACCAUUACCUGUGAUUGAGACUUUUAAGUGGCUUGGAUGGUCGAAUUCAAUGCUCAAUCCGUUUGUCUAUGCUUUCUUUUAUAGCUGGUUCCGAUCAGCUUUUAAAAUGAUAAUUUCUGGGAAAAUAUUUCAAGGGGACUUUUCCAAUACCAAACUGUUUUGA